AUGUUCCUGGUGUGUCUCUUGGCCUGCAUCCUCACCACAGCAGUAGCUGCACUGAUUUUCUCCUUGGUUUACGUUAAGAACUCCCAGCCCCAGUCAGACAUCCAGUUCAGACCUGAAGCCAGGCCUCAGCAAACAACAGUGAUUCCUAUCAUGCAAAAGGCUGUUGAUCCAAAAUUCCAGUUUCUUAAUCAUUUACCUAAAUCCAAGGUAUUUGAGUUCCCUGGUGGUGCUAUCCAGUGGGCCCGGUAUAGGAGCAGUGUCCGUGACUAUCUCAGUGAUGAAGAAGAGGCCUUUGGCACCAGUCUGAACAGUAAGAGAUCACAGAUGACUCUGGGGACCCUAAGAAUAAAAAGCAGCGGCCUCCGGGCUCCUCACUGGCACUUCAAUGCCCAUGAACACGGCUAUCUUGUACAGGGAAGAGCAUGGAUUGGGGUGGUUGACCAUGGUGGUAAAGUAGCUACCACGUACAUUGUGACAGCCGGACAAGUGAUCUUCUUCCCUAAAAAUACCCUACAUUGGAUAAAGAAUGUGGGGAAUGAAGACUGCUUUUUCUUGCUCUUCUUUUCCACACAUGAUGAACUUCAGACACUGGAUGUUGAUGAUGUGUUUUUUUCUACUCCUGAGGAUAUUGCUUCCAGAUCACUGAAGCCUGAAGAUGGAAUUAAUUUCAUCAGAACAUUCCAUAAACAAAAAGAGGAUCAGGGAGUCAACCUUCCUCCCAACUUGGCAGACCUGGUCAUGGAUGCCAGUUAUGUACAGUCUCCAGACAGACUUGUGUGGAAAUACAUUUUUGACCUUAAAGGUAUGCAUCAAAAUGCCCUCACUUUGAGUACACUCAGAAUUUUUAACAAUGGAUUACGACAGCCACAUUUUCAUUUUAAUGCAAAUGAAAUGGGAUAUGUAAUAAGUGGAUGUGGAAAGGUGGGCAUUAUUAAUACUCAAACUACCAUAGAUUUUAACAUUCACAUUGGGGAUGUGGUAUUUUUUCCCGUUGGAACUCAGCAUUACAUUAAGAGCACAUGUGAUGAGGAUUUGCUUUUCAUUCUUGCCUUCAGCACUGAAGACCAGGUCUCCAGACUUUCUGACAGCAUUAGCCCUCACAAGUGGAUCACAGUGGAAGGCCUGCCUGAAUCUGUCAUCCAGAAAAUCACUGGAAAAAGAAUGGACAGAAAACAUGGGAAAUAUGUAGUGAAUAUAGAACAUUCUGGAAACCAGCCACCAUUCCUGAGUCCAAGAAACCAUGAAGCUCACAGUUCAGCAUGUCAGUUUUCAGCACCGACUGAUGUAACUGAUGACACUGGCAUCCAUUUAACAGGUGUCUGUACCAACUCUGGGACCCAUGAACACUCAGGAUUUCUAAAUAGAGAAGUCCAACACUGCCAGGUGACAAAAAAUUUCAUUGGUGAUUGGGCUCCAUGGAAAGUCUUCCUGGCUUGUCUUUUAGCUUGUGUGAUAACAACAGCAGUUGGAGUACUCAUAGUGUGUCUUGUAUAUAAUGGGAAAAACACGAAUCCCUCCAUUGUCAUCCAGCUUCCUGGAAGCUAUGGGACAACCUCAUCUACUGGUGGAACAACUAUGUCUACUGCUUCUGAAUCUACCAUAACAUCCACUUCAAAUGAGCCUGCUACAACAACUACACUGAAUACAUCAAAUGGACCUACCAGCACAACCACAACAAGUACUACUGAACUUACAACCACAACAGCCAGCACUACUGCAACUGAAACUACAACCACAGUAACACCCACCACUGCUGCUACUGGAACUACAAGCACAGAAGCCACCACAGCCACCACUACAGCUACUGAAACUACAACCACAGCAGCGCCUACCACUACUGCCAUGGAAACUAUAGUCACAGCAUCCACCACUACUGCAACUGAAACUACAACCACAGCAGCCAGCACUACUACUACUACUGAAACUACAACCAUAGCAGCCACCACUACUGCAACUGAUACUGCAACCACAACAGCACCUACCACUACAGGUACUGAAACUACAACCACAGCAGCAUCCACCACGACUACUACUGAAAGUACAACCACAGCAGCCACCACUAUUGCAACUGAAACUACAACCACAGCAGACACCACUGCUGCCACUGAAAGUACAACCACAGCAGGCACCACUAUUACAACUGAAACAACAAUCACUUCUGCCAUCACUACUACAACUGCAACUACAACUACCGCUGCACCCACCACAACAGCUACUGAAACUACAACCACAGAAGCCACCACUACUGCUCCUGAACCUACAACCACAGCAGCACCUACCACUACUGCCAUGGAAACUACAACCACAGCAGCACCCACCACUACUGUCAUGGAAACUACAACCACAGCCACAGCCUCUACUAUUGCAAGUGAAACUACAACCAUACCAGCAGCCAUCACUUCUUAA